AUGGGGCAAUCGUGUGCGAGGAUGUGUAUUCUGGACCGCAGCUCGGAUUCUCUGCGUCUCUUCGGCAUCCAUCAACGACGAUCUGAUCAUUAUCAAUAUCGGCAAAUCCAUCAGUGGAUUCAUCGGCAAUCUGCUUCUUUCGUUUCUCAAAUCCCUGAAAACGUGAAUGACGACAUUGAUUUCCCCUUUCUCACUGAUCGAGAAAUUGGAGACUGGCUGAUCCAAACAAAAUUUAUGAUCAUUCUCAGGGGACCACCUGGUUCUGGGAAGUCAUGUAUAGCGGAACUAAUCAAAUCCCGCUACCCUACGGCUCAUGUGUGUUCUGCCGAUAAUUACCGUUACCAAACUGUGAAUGGCGUGAAGAGGUAUCGAUUUGAUGGAGAUCGGUAUGAACAAGCUCACCAGAGUUGUGAAUCCGAGGCUAGAAAAUACGCCAGCCGGGGAGCUAGUCCCCUAGUAAUCGAUAAUACCAAUAUGCGGUACUACGAAUGCAGAACCUACACUGAGAUAGCGCGUGCCUUUUCCUACCUUGUUAUCCUGGUUACUCCAAGGACUCCUUGGCGAUUCGAUGCCGGGGUUCUGGCCGAGAGGAAUGUCCACAGUGUGCCCAUUGAGGUGAUACAAACAAUGAUAAACCAGUUCGAGCCAAUCAUCUAUCCGCUCUAUUACGGUUGGUGCUGGGCAACUGCGGCCAGUUGCAACAAUCACGUGACCGAGUGGCGAAAGCGGAGAAACCGAACUCACCCUGUUUUGGAAAGUGAGAAGAUGGUGAAGAAUUCGUAUGCCACCUUUAUGUCGAUACUUGGAGUACCUUAUGCCAGAAAACGAAUUGCCCUGGCCUGCGGAUUCGAUCCAGGUUUGCGCUUAUACAAUUUACCCAAGUCCCUGUACCAACAGCCACCGUCUCCUCACCUCGUUUCCCCUAAAUGCCUUGAUUUUAAUCAUGAUCCAUUGCGUCAGCUACAGAAUCACCUGUUUCCGUUCCCUUGCGCGUCGCCAGACGUUGACAGUUCCAAAUUGGCUGGCCAUUGGUCGUCGGCGGUGAAUCCCCCUUUCGGCAGUCCCCCCAAGACCGGCCGUGGAGUAACUCCGACGUGGCCGCAUUGCACCACAAAGUUCUCCCAAUUCGGACGCGCCCCAGGCGCCCAGGAGUACGCGAAUCGCAGCGCUGUGUGCCAGUCCCUUCUCGGCGCCAUCCACUCCCUCUCCGUGUUGGGUCUCUUCAUCACCGCGAGGACGGUGGGCCUGCGCUUGCACCUGGAGGGCGACGAUCAGUUGGCCUUGUGGGAUGGCGAAGACAACGAAUCUGUGGAUGGGUGCGUUCCUCCCAAGCCACGUCCAGUGGGAUGUCGAGCACACGUGACGCUGGCAUUGGCCGCUGGCGUGUCUGCUGUGGAGACGGGCAUUGAUGCCCUCCGCAUUGUGGACGCUGAAUUGUCUGGGCGGCCAGAUACCACUCAGAUUUCUAUGCCCGGAGGUGAUUUGCUGCGAGAGAUUCCCGUCACCUCACCCAGUGGACCUGAACACUUCGAUCAUAACUACCUCCUCAUUGGCACGAAGACGGGCCAAAUUCUAUUUUAUGAAAUCACCCCUUCAGUGCCUCGACAUCCCAAAGCCUUUAUCGGACUCACUGCUUGGCCAGCAACGACACCAUCUCGGCCAACCGAAUUCACUCCUUUGGUGGAAGCUGAGUCUGUCGAUAGUGUGCCAUCGCCAUUGCCAUCAUUCAAUGUCCGCAUCUGUGCCACUCACAACCUGUGCAAAAAACGCGUCCUCCAACUCCAAGCCGUGCCUGAACACGGUUUCUUUUUGGCUCUCACGGAGUUCCAGCUGGCGGCCUAUCAGCUCUCGGAUAGGCAGCUCAUCGCUGUUGUCCCCAACAGCAAAGGUGCCACCCACUUUGCCGUAAUGUAUCAGCAACCAGCCGCGAGUGCCAAAAAGCAGGUCAGCGCAAACACAUCAUUGGAUAAACUCAAGCGUCGAUCGAAUCACACAGAAGAGGUUGCUUUACCGUCAGCUGACGACACAUCCACGCUGGCUUUGAAUUUGUGUAUUUGCGUCAAACGGAAGCUGGGCUUCUUCCGUUGGUCUCCAUUGAAGAAGGCUUUCGUCUCGCCUUCCGAGGCGAACGAUCCGCGUAUCGCCUUCUGGCCAUCCGAAUACACCCUCCCAGAGUCCGCGCGAAUGCUGCAAUUCUGUGGCCUUGAAACCAUCAUAGUUGCUCUGCGCUCGGACUACCUCCGAAUAAACCUCAGCACUCGAGAGGUGAGUUUGGCGGACUGGGCAUUUGUCACUUGGUCUAACGUACUUCAGACCAAAUCUCUACUUCAUUGUCAGGUGGUGUUAGUCAGUGCACUUGUGUUGCUUCAGCAUAACCUAAACGCGCCUCUUUUCCAGUCCCAAGUGAUUGUCACCCCGGCCAAGAUGUCCAUCACGCUGACGGCUCCACUGCCCUACUGCUUAGACGCGGUCACCUUCGACGAGGAACCUCAGCACCUACCUGACGAUGCCACCGCGACACCGGAGACCAAGUGGGUUCUCGGUGCGUCGGCGCCCGUCGCCCUGGCCUCCGACGAACAGCUCUUCACCCUGUUGCCUGGCAACGCCGACGCCACUGCCACUCUGGCCUUCGACUGGUCGGGCAUUGCUCAGUGCCUGCAACCCUUCCCUCCGUACCUCCUCGCGGGUCUUUCAAAGCAGCUGGAGGUUCGUUGCCUCGAUCCGUGUGACCUAGUGCAGACGUUCGCCAUCCCACGAGUUCGUCUGAUGUGUGCCAACGACUCGGGCUGGCUGUACGCAGUAGCAGCCUCGUCAAUCUUCCACCCCGAUGACUCUCAACCGGACCUCUCUGUGAAGCCGGUGGAAUCGCCUUCUGCCGGCCAUGGAAGCGAUGUCUGGCUGCUUCUGGCUGCCAACCGACCCCAGCUGGUGCAGAACCUCGCGCUGAAGAAGGCACGUCUAGCCAACUUUGGCUUAACUAUGUCUUGUCUUGAAAUUCUUCAUUCUACUAACAGUCUUGUUGUGUUGUUCACUCUCAAGGACUUCGAGAUGGCGCUGAAGGUGGCCUGUUUCACACGUCUCUCCGGUCAAUCGCCCGUCUCAACGUCCCAACUCGGAGCUCUCCUGGCGUUUCAUCUGUUUGACGAGAAACGCGACUUCGAGGGCGCAUUCCAGCUGUUCUACAAACUGCGCACGGACCCAACCAUUGUUAUUGGCUUGUGUCCCGACUUGCUCCGUGAAGAGGACCAGGCGCGCGCCCAGUACCCAUCGGCUCCACGGCCACUCGAAGAUGCGGAGAAGAAGGCGCUCCUUGAACCGCUCAUUGCAUUUCUCGUGCGCUGGCGCAACCACCUCCGAAGCAAGUGCCCCCGAGGUGACAGCCUCGCGAAUUUCCUCGCUCAGUCGGUCGCCUGCGGAGUGAUCGUGGGACGCGGUCCAGUGGAGAAGCAGAGAAGCGCCCUCCUCCAAGUGGUCGACACGAGCCUCGUGAAGUGCUACCUCCUCACCAAUGUCGCGCGAGUGGGUCCCCUGUUGAGGCGAGAAAACUACUGCCACUUGGAGGAGGUGGAGAAAAUCCUCACGGCACACAACUGCUAUGAGGUUUGUUUAGUUGUUGGUUUAAAAUCGGUCGAUUUCCACACACUACCUAGCAGUCUGUCUGCGCUGCAGGACUUGGUCACGAUGUACAGGGCGCGCGGUAUGCAUCGGUCGGCUCUUCGGUGUUUGACGGUGAUGGCGCUUGGCAACGACGCCUCUCAGGACACGUUUGCCGUGUCCUCAGACAACCGCGCCAACCACCAGCCCAUCGUAAACUACCUGAAGCACCUCAGCGACGCGCCCUUUGACCUCGUAGCGGAAUUCGGCGAGUGGAUCCUCAGGCAGCAUCCACGGGCCUGGAUGAGCAUCUUCACAGCCUGGGAACGUGGUCUGCGCCACAGCGCCUCGGAGUCAAGUGAGAACUUUUUGCUGGAUGCCUGCCUUACAAGCUAGACCAUUGCCUACCAUGACAAAGCGGUGCGUUAUUUGGAGCGCGUCGCACCCCACCUGAUCAUACCGUUUCUCGAGCGUCUUAUCUUCACGCCCUUCGAUUGCGAGCAGGAAGACGAGGAGGAGGAGGAGGGCUUUGAAGUUCUCAACGGCACCGCAAUGUUCGACAACGAGGGCAGUGAACCCGACGACUUCGUCGCCAUCAAUGGAAGCCCUCCGCCUUCCUCGCCUUCUGUCAGGUCCCUCCAGGCUGUCACGUCCACGCCGAAGGUGACUAUGCUCGUUUCCACGCCUAAGCACACACACACACUCAACUUCGUGAUUACCGGUUUCGUUGAAUUAUCGUGGUUAAGUGUGCUCCACGGCGAGUCCAGCCACGCACCGGCCGCCCAUCUGGUCGCGUCCAACCACGGAUCGACGAGCUCCCUGAGCACCGCCACCGGAAGCACCCACUGGCAGUCCUCGUGUCUCUGGCCCUUCCCCAAACACCACCACCACCUCCACAGGCCUCGGCGGUGCGACGUCGAGCAGGAGGGGGACAGCGGUAACGACGGCAUCCCCCGCAUCUGCCAGCCUCCACCUGGUGCUCCGCCGCCCGUCGAACUGCACAAUCGAUACGCCAGAGCACUCAUGUAA